GCGGAUCAGGUGGGAAUCCUGGCUGGCUGGUUCAAAGGCUGGAAUGAAUGUGAGCAGACAGUGGCUCUGCUCUCUCUCCUCAAGCGUGUCACUCGCACCCAAGCCCGCUUCCUGCAGCUGUGCCUGGAGCACUCGCUGGCCGACUGCACCGAGAUCCACAUUGUGGAGUCGGAGGCCAAUAGCGCAGCUGUUAUCAGCCAGUGGCACCAGGAAUCAAAGGACAAGGUGGUCUCCCUGCUCCUGUCUCACCUGCCCCUGCUGCAGCCUGGCAACACAGAAGCCAAGUCUGAAUACAUGAAGCUAUUGCAGAAAGUCCUGGCCUACUCCAUCGAGAGCAACCUGUUCAUUGAGGAGAGCCGGCAGCUGCUGUCUUAUGCCCUUAUCCACCCAGCCACCACGCUGGAUGAUCGUAACUCCUUGGCCCUGUGGCUCAGUCACCUUGAGGAACGCUUGUCUAGCGGCUACUCUGGCCAGGGCCGGGGCCGGCCUGACACUGCCUACCAUUCACGCCAGAGCUCGGAUGAGUGGCAGGGCCCGGUGGACUCGGGCAUGGGGGAGCUGGGACACAGCUGGCAGGAGAAGCUGCCCCGAGAAAAUGGACACUUGCCUUUCCACUCCUCCAGCUCAGUACCAUCAGCCAUUAACAGCAUCGGGAGCAAUGCAAAUGCAGCUCUGCCCUGUCAGAUCCACCCCAGCCCGCUCAAGCGCUCCAUGUCCCUCAUCCCCACCAGCCCACAGGCCCCCAGUGAGUGGAUGAGCCCCGACGAGCUGUGUGCCCGGCAGGCAUUCAUUCCGGGGGACCAUGCGCCCCUGUCUCCGCAAAGCAGCGUGGCCUCCUCGGGCAGCGAGCAGACAGAGGAGCAGCGCAAUACCUUCCAGGAGGAUGGCAGUGGCAUGAAAGAUGUUCCCUCGUGGCUGAAGAGCCUUCGCCUGCACAAGUACGCAGCGCUCUUCUCCCAGAUGACAUAUGAAGAAAUGAUGACCCUCACAGAGCAACAUCUGGAGUCCCAGAAUGUGACCAAAGGAGCCAGGCACAAAAUUGCCCUGAGCAUCCAGAAGCUGCGGGAGAGGCAGAGUGUUCUUAAGUCUCUGGAGAAGGACAUCCUGGAAGGAGGGAACCUGUGGAACGCGCUCCAGGAGCUCCAGCAGAUAAUCAUCACACCCAUCAAAGCCUACAGUUCCCUACAAGCCAUGACCACGCCCAAAGAGGGGCAACAGGUAGUGCCCGAGCACCAUGCAGCCCCCAGGCCAUGCUUGGACAAAGCCACCAAUGGGGCGGAGGACAAGGAACAAGCGGUGGACGGCUUCCCAUCCCAGACGGCCUCGACCUGCGAUGGGGAAUCAGCCACAGCACCCAUUGCAGAAGGAGACAUCCCAGGGCAGUUCACCCGGGUGAUGGGGAAAGUGUGCACGCAGCUGCUGGUCUCCCGGCCUGACGAGGAGAACAUCACUAGUUACCUCCAGCUCAUAGAGAAGUGCCUGACUCAUGAGGCAUUCACAGAGACACAGAAGAAGAGGCUGUUGUCCUGGAAGCAGCAGGUACUGAAGCUGCUGCGAGCGUUCCCCCGGAAGGCAGUGCUCGACAUGCAAGGGUACCGCCAGCAAAAAGGAUGGGCUUUUGGCUCCAACUCUCUCCCCAUAGCUGGAUCUGUGGGGGUGGGUGUUGCCCGCAGAGGGCAGCGGCAGUUCCAGAUGCCCCCUCGAGCCAUUCCUCCAAGUCGCCUGGGGCUGCUAAGCCCAGCAGGGAUUGGAGGGGUCUUGCCCCGGCAUGCACUUACCAGCCCCAGCCUAGGGAGCCAGGGACGACAGAACCUAUGGUUUGCCAAUCCUGGGGGCAGCAACAGCAUGCCCGGCCAGAGCCGCAGCUCGGUCCAGCGCACCCAUUCGCUACCCGUCCACACGUCCCCGCAGGCCAUUAUCAUGUUCCCCCAGGAUUGCCAGAUCCCUGGAACAGACCUGGAGAUCAACCCCACGCUGGAGUCACUAUGCUUGAGCAUGACAGAGCAUGCACUGGGCGAUGGCACCGACAAGACCUCCACCAUCUGACCAGCCUCGAGGACCUGCGAUUCCUGACAUGCUUUAGGGGUUUAUCUUUAUUUUUGGGGGGGGUGCUUAAAGGGGCGGUUGAAUCUUCCACCCCACCCCCCUCAUAUCCUUCCCUGGCAUUUGCCAUCAACUCUGCCACAGCAAGGGGUUGGAAGAAGCUCUCACUACAAUCUUACCAUCUUAUACGUUCUAAUAUUUUUCUACUUUAUUAUUACUUUAACUAUGGUUUAAUACUGAGCUGCGCCCUGUAACACCCAGGGUACCGUUGAAGCCAGAAGCAGCAGGAUCUUGGGUCAUGCGUAUGUGUGUGUCCUCCCCCAAUCUCUCCUGCCCAUCCUUUCUCAGCAUGGGGAAGAAGAAAGCGCCCGAGGGAGGAGUGGGGAAGGAGGGAUAAAGCACACCUCUCAUUCACUUUUCUCUGCAUCCUGGGGCAGGGUGGAUGUUUUUGGCCAAUGCUGGUUGCCGUGUAAGGCACCGGGAGGCUAACCUGGCGAGCUGGUUUCUUCUGGGUUACCCCCCCGCCUGCUUUUUGCACCCAAUACAUGUGAUGGAGGGCAGAUUGGGGAGAGACCCCCUCCAUGGACAGGGCCAGCAACUUUUCUGGACCUGUUAAGUGCCUGUAACUUCCCAUCCCCACCCUCCCUUCCGUGAUUGCUUGGGGGCGGGGCCAUGCCAUCCUCCGUAAGAAAGGAGGCUGGGGGUGUGGCUUUAGAGGGUCCACACACUUCCCUAUAAGAGCAGGGUUUGGGGCAUGGCCUUUGGGGGCACCCUGCCCUCCCCCAUGGGACAAGCAGUGGAUUCAGGGAGAGAAGCCAUGCCCCAGAGAAGGGGUGUUGGGUUGGGGCUGAAAAGGAGGGAUGGGGGGGAUACCUGGGGGAGGGGUUGGAGCAUUGGAGGGAUUUUAACAGGAGGCUGGUGGGUGUUGGUUUAGCUGUGUCUGAGGCCUUCAAGGUCAGUUUGGUUGAGGGGUAUGUUCUCCCCCCCCCCCCCCCCCCCC